CUGCAGCAGCGACCCGCCGCCACCAUUUCUUCUUCUUCGCAGCAGAGACCCAGACCCUCACCCUCGCGCACUUCCCUUCCCUCGCCAACGCCCUUCCCUCCGCCACCUUCCCGCUUCCCCGCCGACGGCCCCGCUUCCCCGCUGCCACCUUCCCGCUGCCCUGCCGACAGCCCCGCAGACCUAGUCUCCCUCUCCCUUCCCUCGGCUCGGCGACUUGGAGUUGGAGAUUUGAUUUUCAGAGUUGGUUAG